CGGAACCGGGAACUAAGGAGCAGAAUCGCGCAAGCGCGAAAAUCACAAGAUCGACCGGAGCCUCGGGGAAGGAUGUUGGAGAUGGAGUGUAAGGAAUUCCGGAGCAGGUUCCGGGAGGAACUCGAUCGCACUGUCCAGUUCUGGCUCAAGCAUUCGCAUGACCGGGAAUUUGGGGGAUUUUUCACAUGUUUGGAUCGUGAUGGAACUGUCUACGAUGAUCUUAAAUACAUCUGGCUACAAGGGAGGCAGGUCUGGACUUACUGCCGAUUGUACAGGACAGUGGAACGAUUUCACCGGCAGGAGCUACUGGAUGCAGCUGUAGCUGGUGCUGAAUUCCUGAUCCGACAUGCUGCUGUUUCAGAGGAGUCCAGAAAGCAGGCGUUUGUGGUGACACAGGAUGGGAGGCCUGUCAAAGUCCAGCGCACCAUCUACAGCGAGUGUUUCUACACCAUGGCGAUGAACGAAAUCUGGCGCGUGACUGGAGUCACGAGAUACCAGACGGAAGCGGUGGAGAUGAUGGAACAGAUCGUUCGGUGGGUGCGUGAGGACCCUGCCAGUUUAGGACGUCCUGCGCUCUCCGGGGCAGAGAAGACCAAUUCCAUGGCCAUACCCAUGAUGCUGCUGUGCUUGGUUGACCAACUGGAGGAAGAUGACCCCGAAAUGUGCCAAAAAUACCAGGAACUGGGGACCUGGAGUGUCCAGCAAAUUCUGCAGCAUCUACAGCGUGAAGACUCUGUUGUCCUGGAGACGGUAUCAACAGAAGGGAAAGAGCUGCCUGGUUCCCAAGGACGUCUACAAAACCCAGGACACACUCUGGAAGCCGGCUCCUUCCUCCUGAAAUACGCAGUGAAACACGGACACCAGGAGCUGCAACAAACGGCCAUUGAGAAGUUCAUGAUCCUGCCCUUCGAGGCCGGCUGGGACCUGGAGUUCGGGGGUUUACUCUACUUCCAGGACGUGGAUGGACAUUCACCCACCCAGCUGGAGUGGGACAUGAAACUCUGGUGGCCCCAUGCUGAGGCACUGGUGGCAUUCCUACUGGGAUACCAGGUCAGCAGAGACCCCCGGCUGCUGCAGCUCUUUAAGAAGGUCUUCAACUACACCUUCACACACUUCCCGGACCGGGAGAACGGGGAGUGGUUUGGGUAUCUGAACCGACAAGGGACGGUGAGCCACACCUUCAAGGGAGGUCCCUACAAAGGCUGUUUCCAUCUCCCUCGCUGCCUGUAUCUCUGUGAGAAGAUUCUAGACAGUUUGCUGCAAGAUGCCUGAAAGAUGUGUGAGCAUCGCUGUCACCAUGAGGACUGUCCAGUGUUACAGCUCAAGGCAAACUCCACACGAAACCUCUUCUGAAAUUCGACUGAUCUACUUUAUUCCCAGCACAUCAUUCAAUAGAGGCUGACGCUGUAGGAGCUUUACUCUGCAUCUAGCCCCGUGCUGUACCUGUCCUGGGAGUGUUUGAUGGGGACGGUGUAGAUGGUGCU